AUGCGCACGAUCAUGGAUCGCGUCCGUGCCCUCUUACUUGAUGCAAAGCUACCCAAGACAUUAUGGGCUGAAUGUGUCAGUCACGUGACAACACUUCUUAACAUGACACCCAGUGAAAACACUUCGGAGACUCGUGGUCGACGACGGCGCGUCGGUGAUUACGUCAUCAUUCAUGAUGAUUACGUAAUCACCGGAGUGGAUCGAGUUGGUGCAAUCAUUUGGACACGCGAUCUACCCUCAAGGAUUCGAUCUACUGUGGACACAUCAACUGAUUUGUACCCAUGGAACCCCACCAACCACCGCUCCGCUAACGCAGAAGUCCUUGAGGAAGAAAAAGCCGAAAGCGUCGCGGAAGAACUCAAGGCUCCUGCAGCCUCAGACUCCGACAGCCUUGACGAGAUCCCAGCGACUUGGUCUGGCGAUCAGUUGGAGGAGGCCUUUAACCGGAAUGAGCUCCAAGUAUUUCUGGCCAAGAACCCGGUGAUGAAGAUCCUACAGCUGCAGACGCCGGGGUCGCUGAAAGGACCAGUGAAGCCGCCACCAGCGAAGACGAACAAGAUUAACGCUGUGAAGGGUGUGUUGCGUCUGCUGAAGGACGCAGGCAUCACGCCAGGCCCCUUUGCAGUGAAGGAUCUGUUCCAUCUGGACCUCGAAGCGAUCCAGAUCACGCAGUCAGAGAUCUUCAAAAUGCUGAAGGUUUUGGUUAGAGAGGCGGAAACCCAGACAAAGGUUGAUGCCAAGCCGGAAGCAGCGCUGACUCAGCUCCCCGGAUCGGCUUCGCCGACUGGAUCGUCCCAACAUUCGCACUACGCGUCAGCGACCUCGAUGGCCGACUCGGACACCUCUGAAGGAGUCGAGCGAAUGCAGCUUGGCCCUUCAGGAGCCGCGAUGUUGCAAACCAGAUCGCCCUUAUAUAGAACGUGA